CAGGGGAAACGCAAGAAGUCCAGCCGACAGCCACAGCAACCAAAAAAGAAAGAACCACUGCCAACUACAUUUGCCUGCUUGUUCUGCAAUCAUGAAAACUCCGUCAUUGUCAAAUUAGACAAAAAGCUAGGGCUUGGAAAUUUAUCCUGUAAAGUGUGUGGACAAAGGUUCCAAACAGGAAUUAACUACCUUUCUGCUGCUGUUGAUGUAUAUUCAGAUUGGGUGGAUGCUUGUGACGCAGUUGCGAAGGAUACUGCUAGUAAAUUCGAUGAUGAUAUACUUGCUGUCCAUUCUCCGGAGCACUCAUUCCCUACUACCAACCGUGAUGUCGGAAAUAGUGAUAUAUAA